AUGGGUCCACAGAAGAAGCGGGGUCAAGCCGGUAACGCAGUCCAGUAUAUCACAAGGAACCAAGCAUUGAAAAGAUUGCAGUUGAAAUUGUCGGAAUUCAGGCGGAUAUGCAUAUUGAAAGGUAUUCAUCCACGCGAGCCGAAGAAGAAGACGCAGGGGCAGAACAAGACGUACUACCACGUGAAGGACAUCAACUUCCUUGCACAUGAACCGCUGCUGAACAAGCUCAGGGAUGAGCACGUCAUUGAGCGCAAGAUCAGGAAGGCUCGGGCAAAGAAGAACCGCGACCUGGCAGAGCGCCUUGCGACCCUGCGCCCCAGGCACCGCCUUGAUCACCUUGUGAAAGAAAGGUACCCAUCGUUCGUGGACGCGCUGCGCGAUCUGGACGACCCGCUGACGCUGGUGCACCUGUUUGCGACGCUGCCGGCCGAGGACGCGCACAAAAUCCCGGCCAAGGCGGUGGCGACCUCGCGACGGCUGGCGCUGGAGUGGCAGGCGUGGGUGGUGCGCACGGCCGCGCUGCGCCGCACCUUCGUCUCCGUCAAGGGCUUCUACUUCCAGGCAGAUGUCAUGGGCCAGCCUGUCACCUGGCUCGUGCCGCACGCCACCUCACAGGUGCUGCCCAUGGACGUGGACUACAGGGUGAUGCUGACGUUCCUAGAGUUCCACCACACCAUGCUGCAGUUUGUCAACUACAAGCUGUACCACGCUCUGGGCGUGCGCUACCCGCCUAUCGUCGACCCCAAGCUCGAAGAGGCGGCCGCCGGCCUGUCAGCCAUUAUGCAGGAGGGUGAGGCAGCACAGGGCAUGGAAGAGGAGGCGCGUAGCGGCAGCAGUGAUGAGGAUGCGGGCAGCAUCAGCUCAGGAGAGGAUGAGGACGAAGAUGAGGAGCCUGGCACAGACAGGGCAGCUGAAGAUGAAGUGGCCGAGCUGGGCGCGGACGGCGCGGCGGCUGCCGGCGGCGCGGCUGAUGUGGACGCGGAUGACGAGGCGGCGGUGUGCGGCGCGCUGUUCCGGGGCCUCACGUUCUUCCUGGGGCGGGAGGUUCCGCGCGAGGCGCUGAUGCUGGUGAUCCGCUCUUUCGGGGGGACUGUGGGGUGGCAGGGGGAGGGGUCACCCAUCCAGGAGUCGGACGAGUCCAUCACCCACCAGGUGGUGGACCGGCCGACGCAGGGGCACCGGUUUCUGUCGCGUGCGUACGUGCAGCCGCAGUGGGUGCUGGACAGCGCCAACUUCCGCGUGCUGGCGGACGCGGAGCUCUACGCGCCCGGCCUCGCCCCGCCGCCGCACCUAUCGCCCUUCGUGGACGACGACGACGAGGGCUACGAAGCGGCCGGGGCGGCGCGCAGGCGUGCGGCGGGGCAGCAGCUGGCGAGCAUGUUUGACGAGGAGGGGGCGGCGCCGGCGGACUCUGAGGCGGCAACUCUUGAAGACGAGGUGGCAGAGGCCGAGCGCCAGUACACGGCCGAGCUGCAGGAGGAGCUCAGACUCGCAAACGCUGCCGCCGACAAGGCAACCGCCGAGGCGGCAGCUGCAUUGGAUGAUGAGAAUGCCGCUGCACCCAGCCAGGGUGCUCAGAAGAAGGCGCCGACACAGGAGGAGCUUGAGGAAGAGGAGGAUCGCAUGGCGGCGGCGGUGCUGCCUCGCAAGAAGCGCAACCUGUACAACAGCAUUCAGAAGCGCACUGCGGCCAAGCGCGCACGCGUGCAGGAACUGGAGCACAAGCGCGCCGCCCUGACCCAGGAGUAGAUUGAUGUUGGAUGGAUGGUCCAAAUUGCAACGUUACAACACGCAGAAUGAGUCCGUGAUUUGGGAAAUGAAUGCAUGCGAGGCUGUGUGAGUGCAUUUUGACAUCUGGCUGGUUUGACUUGUGAGAUAUCGUGCUGUAUGAAUCGACAAUGUGGGC